GAAUCCCUAACUCCAUGUCGAUGAUAAUAAUUCCUUCCUCCAAUCCACGGUAUAGUCGCCACUCUAUCCUCCAAGCCCGCAUCGUUCUUCGGUUGGUGCUUUCUUCUCGCCUCCUCUCCAGGGAGAAGCGCGGGAGUCAGGGUUGUCUCUCUCCGAUGCCGUCUACGAGCGCUGUCAGUGGCCAUUUCUCGGACGUGCUGAGACCAGCUUCGUGGAGACCCUCCGCCUUUCCCUCCUCCCUCUUACGUCAUAAAUUUAACACAAAUUGUGUGCCAUGUUUAUAUUGGCCCUCUAGCACCAGAGAACAUAAAAUGAAGUCCCUCCGUGUAUAUGGUUUAUUUGGAGGAAAGAAAGACAAGGGUGAGAACACUAAUGAUGCAUCAUCAAAGGCAGGAAUUCUGGGGAAUAUGCAAAAUCUAUACGAGACUGUGAAAAAAGCCCAAAUGGUGGUUCAAGUUGAAGCUGUUCGUGUUAAAAAGGAACUUGAAGCAGCGGAGUUUGAUGGUUAUUGUGAAGGUGAAUUAAUCAAGGUAACACUUUCUGGAAACCAGCAACCUAUACGUACCGAAAUCACUGAGGCUGCAAUGGAGUUGGGACCUGAAAAGCUCUCUCUAUUGAUAAACGAAGCAUACAAGGAUGCACACGAGAAAAGCGUUCAGGCUAUGAAAGAGAGAAUGAACAACCUUGCACAGAGUUUGGGGAUGCCACCCGAUCUUAGCGGACUGAAGCAAUGAAAAGGCUUUGAGUUCGCCCACUAUUUAAGCUAUAUGUGAUCUGUGGACCUUUUGGAAGAUCAUUCAGCAACGCUAUAUAGAUAUGUUCGUGCUCAAUACGGAAUCGAUGAAAUAAAGUGGAGAAAAGGAUGGUUUGUUUUCUAUGUCAGAUGCAUCGCACUUUCGACCUUUAAGCAUGAAACGUAACAGAGUUGAGCGUUGGUUUUUUGUUCACAUUUAAAUUACUCGACAAUGCAACAGGAGCAUAUACUUUGGAAUCA